UGUUGAUAUCUUUGAAUAUCCAUCUAGGAACGCUCAUGAAUUUGAGGGAGAUUUCUCUAUGCCGGGUUAAAUUGAACCAGCCGAAGGUUAGGGUGAUUCACGACCUGUCGUUUCAACCAGGACAUACAACCUCAAAGUUUUAUCGGCAAAUAUUGUAACUGUUGCUGUGACUCCGAGACAGUUAUGGUUAUGGCUUGAUUUCCAUAGUCAUAAACUUGAAAAGCCGUUAGACUAACAACUAUGCCCGCAACCACUCUCUGCGCCACCCCAUCAUCACCGGCGGCAAAGAAAAACUGGUCAUCUCAGUCAUUACAACGUACUCCUCCUUCAUCCUCUGUUACCCAUUGUUCUGCUGCCGCGUCGUCGUCUUCCGGCAGUCAUUUUCUGCAAGUAGACAGGGUUGCCUUCCUAAUCGACAAGUGCAAAUCUAUUAAUCAGCUUCUUCAAAUUCACGCCGCUCUUCUUCGUCAUGGUCUGAACCCCCAUCCUAUAUUGAAUUUCAAGCUCCAACGCUCUUACUCCUCCUUUGGCCGCCUUGACUACGCUGUUUCUCUCUUCGAUCGAACUGAUAACCCGAAUGUGUUCUUAUGGACUGCCAUUAUACACGCCCACACCCAAUGUGGUCUUUCGGAGCAAGCCUUGGUCUAUUACGCACAAAUGCUGAGCCAAUCUAUCCAACCCAAUGCCUUCACUUUCUCCUCUGUACUGAGAGGAUGUUCGUUGGAAUCUUGUAGAGCUCUCCACUCGCAAGUAAUCAAAUUCCGUUUUGAUUCUGAUUUGUAUGUCACCACAGGGUUGCUUGAUGCUUAUGCCCGAGGGGGCGAUGUUAUGUCUGCAAAACAACUGUUCGAUGCAAUGCCUGAGAAGAGUUUGGUUUCUUUGACGGCCAUGCUCACUUGUUAUGCGAAGCAUGGUCAGAUUGAGGAGGCUCGCUUGUUGUUCGAAGAAAUGGAAGAGAAGGAUGUGGUUUGUUGGAACGUGAUGAUUGAUGGGUACGCCCAGCAUGGGUACCCCAGAGAAUCGUUAUUGCUUUUUAGGCAAAUGUUAGGGGCAAAAGUUAAGCCUAAUGAAAUCACUGUGUUGUCCAUUCUCUCUUCUUGUGGGCAGCUUGGAAGUUUGGAGCCUGGUAGGUGGCUCCAUUCAUACAUUGAGAACGAUAUUCAGAUCAACGUCCGCGUGGGUACGGCUCUGAUUGACAUGUACUGCAAAUGUGGUAGUUUGGACGAUGCACGCAAGGUUUUCGAUGAAAUGCGUGACAAGGAUGUCGUAGCUUGGAAUUCAAUGAUCAUGGGAUACGCCAUUCAUGGAUUUAGCGAAGAAGCUUUUCGAAUGUUUGACACGAUGUGUAGCAUAGGACUCUUACCCACCGACAUCACCUUCAUUGCCAUUUUGACUGCUUGUGGACAUUCUGGUUUAGUCAGCAAAGGGUGGAGUAUUUUCAGUUCUAUGAAGAAUGAAUAUGAGAUUGAACCGAAAAUUGAACAUUUUGGAUGCAUGGUAAAUAUUCUCGGCCGAGCUGGACGACUUCAAAAAGCUUACGACCUUGUCAGGAACAUGAAGAUUGAUCCAGACCCUGUCCUAUGGGGAACUUUGCUUUGGGCUUGUAGGCUCCAUAACGAAGUAUCUCUGGGUGAGGAAAUUGCGGAGUUUCUCAUGAGCCAUGAUCUAGCAAGUUCGGGGACAUAUGUAAUUCUUUCUAAUAUAUAUGCUGCUGCUGGCAACUGGGAUGGUGUGGCAAAAGUUAGAUCACUGAUGAAAGAAAGCGGAGUUGAGAAAGAGCCUGGUUGUAGCGUAAUUGAAGUGGACAACAAGGUGCAUGAAUUUCUUGCUGGGGAUUUAAGACACCCAAAGAGCAAGGAAAUAUAUUUGAUGUUGGAAGAGAUGAACAGAUGGCUGGAGAUGAACGGUUAUACGCCACAGACGGACGUCGUUUUACAUGAUUUAGGGGAGCAACAAAAACAGCUUUCCCUGGGAGUUCACAGUGAGAAGCUUGCCAUGGCUUUUGGGCUUAUCAGUACCCGAGGCGGGACCACAAUCAAGAUCGUCAAGAAUCUCCGGGUUUGUUUGGAUUGUCAUGCGGUGAUGAAGUUGAUGUCAAAGAUCACCAAACGUAAAAUUAUAAUGAGGGACCGAAACAGAUUCCAUCACUUUGAGAACGGAUCAUGUUCGUGUGGGGAUUUCUGGUGAACCAAUUUAGUCCUGCAUGAGCGCCAUUUGAGAAGUACAUCGCGGUGCUGACCUAUUUGAUCAGUUAGCCCUGGGGUUUGAACUUUGAACUUCGAACUUCAAACG